AUGCCCCUUAUUCCGUACGGGGGUACCCGUCAGCUGGAGAAGUAUUUGCUUUUUGUUUCACGCCUUGAAGGAAACCCCGUGCUGUCAACCAGAUUUGGAUGCAACAUACUCUGUGGAGGGACAAAGCAUUGGUAUAAAUUCCGAAUCCAAUGGGAGGGUGAGGUGCCGCGCCACAUUCUUAGCGGGUGGGUAAUGAUGGUUAAGAUGGCUUUGUUUGGCCGGUAUGAGAAGUGGAAGCAAAUCCACGCCGCAUGCAAGAAAAGAGAGGAUGUCAAUGAAAUGCCUGAAUUUGAUGUUAGAUGCAAGUCACUAUGA